UCACAGAUGUGUGCGAGCGCAGGCAGCCCGAGAAGAGCGAGCGAGGACUAGAAACUUUCUCUCCAGCUAGCGGGAGUGGUCUAUCUUUCCUUGGAGUGCUUUAUCGGUCAGACAGAUAUUUCUACGUUCGGUGUGGACUAUUUUUGUGUUUUUUUUUAACCGACGAGGAAUAGUGUAUUGUAUAUCCAUGUCGUGACGCGUGGACUUUUAGUGGACAUAUUUACCUUUACGCACGGUCGCAGUCCAGACUGUGCAGAUUCUGUACUGUCCUGCCUUGAGAUUGGAUUUCUGGAGGACGUUUGGAGUUUUCCUAUUGCCACUUGUUCCGUUGGAGAUCGAUCUCUCUAUCUCUCUUUCUUUCGACUGACAACUGAGAUUUUGUAAACGCGCUCGGGUUGGAAUGGAGUCGGCCAGGUAACGAGGCUGGUGGGAUCUCUCCAGCUGAGUGUGUGUGUGUGAGUGAGCCGAGCGUCUCCAGAGCUGCCUCCUGAUGAUGACCAUAAAUAUGGAUGAUGGUCUCCAGAAUGGACCUGGACAGCAUAGGAACUCACAAGAGGAUGAGGAGGCUCUUCACUCCAUCAUGAAGGAUCUGGCAGCCCUGAGCUCCCGAAGCUCCAACACACACACGGGACACAAGCCCAAGAUACGCACGCCCUCCUACAGACAACAGGAUCUGCGGGUGAAGUUGGAGCAUGAGAGAGAGAAACGGAUCAUCAUGUUCCAGCAGCCUCUCAAGUUCAAGGAGCUCCUGCAGAAGGUCACAGAGGCCUUUGGACAGAGUAUGGACAUGUACUACACCGACAAAGAGGUGAUGGUGCAGCUGAAGAGUCAGGAGGACGUGGAGAAGGUUCCGGUGGGUUCCGGCAUGAACGGACCGCUCAGGAUAUCACUCAAGACGCCCAAAAACAACAACUUCCUACAGGUGAACAGCAGGGACAAACAGAGCGAGAUGCGGUCGUCACGUUCUCUAGGGGACAUCAAGGGCUCCUUACUCAAAGGCUCUGAACGUGUCCGCAAACACUCCACAGGUUCUCUCCAUUCUGGUCGGCGGUCCCCCCCUCCUGGUUCGGUUCCUGAGGAGCAGCAACAGAUCGCGCGUCAGGGCUCCUACACGUCCAUACACAGCGAGGGGGAGUUUAUACCAGAGAGCCUGAUUGAGCCGUUUGAUACCUCCCUCUCCAGUAGCUGCCAAUCACUAGAGCAAGCCCUGGACAGCCCUCCGUUCUCCCAGAGUAACCGUGACAACAACUAUAUGAACCUCAACUACGACUACAAAGGUCGGCAUGGCAAACACGGGACUUUCCCUCGCCAAUUCCACUUGUCUAAUCGCACCAAAGACUACGGGGAUGGUCGUAGAACGUUCCCCCGGAGUUUCAUGCCCGUUCCACAGGAGAAUCUCCUCCAAUUGGUUCCGUCCAGUCGCACGCGAAGCUACACGGGAGACAGCACGCUUCAGUACGAUUCACACACACCAUCACCGCAGAGGAGUAGCCACCUGUCUCCGCGUGCCCCAGUGAACUGGCGUCAGGGUAAGCUGUUGGGUCGCGGUGCGUUUGGGGAGGUGUACCUCUGCUAUGACGCCGACACCGGACGAGAACUGGCCGUGAAACAGGUGCCCUUCGACCCCACCUGCCAGGACACCAGCAAGGAGGUGAAUGCUCUGGAGUGUGAGAUCCAGCUCCUGAAGAACCUGCAUCAUGAGCGUAUAGUCCAGUACUAUGGCAGCCUGAGGGACCCCGACACCAAGAAGCUCUCCAUCUUCGUGGAGUUCAUGCCCGGGGGCUCGAUAAAGGACCAGUUGAAGGCGUAUGGUGCCCUGACGGAGAAGGUGACGCGGCGAUACACUCGGCAGAUACUACAGGGCGUCUCGUACCUCCACAACAACAUGAUCGUACACCGAGACAUCAAAGGGGCCAACAUCCUGCGUGACUCGUCGGGUAACGUGAAGCUGGGUGACUUCGGGGCGGGUAAGCGCAUCCAGACCAUUUGCAUGUCGGGCAGCAGCGGCAUCAAGUCGGUCACUGGCACCCCCUACUGGAUGAGCCCGGAAGUCAUCAACGGGGAGGGAUACGGACGCAAAGCUGACGUCUGGUCGGUGGCAUGCACGGUGGUGGAGAUGCUUACCCAGAAGCCCCCAUGGGCGGAGUUUGAGGCCAUGGCGGCCAUCUUUAAGAUCGCCACGCAGCCCACCAAGCCCACGCUGCCGGACGGCGUCUCGGACGCCUGCAGGGACUUCCUGAGGCAGGUGUUCGUGGAGGAGAAGUGGAGGCCCACAGCUGACCUGCUGCUCAGCCACCCCUUCGUACUGGGGGGGUUCUGAUCACCCCGCAACCAUACUCCCAGCCUCCAGGGGGGGCUCGUUCCCUGAGGGAAAGAGGGACCCCACUGCCCCUCUCCCAGCCUCCGGGGGAGGAGGGGCGGGCUCUGACCCUGAGACCCACCCCCAAAACCGAGCCCUCUGGCCAACCCUUUAAAACCUAAAAGAGGUUACCCCACUGCCCUCCACCGCAGACCUACUACUCAGCCACCCCUUCGUACUGGGGGGGUUCUGAUCACCUGCACCUGUACUCCCAGCCUACAGGGGGGGCUGAGCAAACCCCGGCCCCGGCCAACCCUUUGUUAAAGAGGGACCAAACUGCCCUACUACCAGCCUGUAGGUGUCCUCAGCCACCCACUUCGUACUGGGGGGGUUCUGAUCACCUGUAACCGUACUCCCAGCCUCCAGGAGAGGGGCGGGCUCUGACCCUGAGACCCAUCCCCAAAAUCGAGCCUUCCGGCCAACCCUAUGUUAAAGAGGGACCCCACUGCCCCCCUCCCAGCCUGUAGGUGUCCUCAGCCACCCCCUUGUAUUGGGGGGUUCUGACCACACACUUCCAGCAUACAGGGGGGAGGGCUAUGACCCUGAGACCCACCCCAAAAAUCGAGCCUCUAGGGAUCCCGCUCAAACCCCUUGUUGAAGAGAGACCCCUCUGCCACCCCCCAGGGGAGCUCAUUACAUGCAACCCCACUCACAGCCUGUAGGGCUCCUUAUCCACUCGUAUGGGGGGCUUCUGAUCACCUGCAACCGUAUUCCCAGCCUCCAGGGGGAAGCUUUGAGCCCUUCCCCCUUAAAAAGGCUCCCUAAAGGGGUUAACGGGGGGUCCUCAGUCCUCCUGGAGGAGACUUCCCCUCCAACUCCUCCGUUAGACCAGCUGCCUGACAAGACAAGAGGAGGUUGCAACCCCACUCCCAGCCACUAGGUGUCCUCAGUCAUUUGUACAUUCUGGGAGGUUCUGACCAUCCUAACCACCACUCCUAAAGAGGGACCCCACUCCCAUCCUCAGUGGUCCUCACCCACCUCUUGAUCCUUUGGGGGGGGGUUCUAACUACCUUAACCUCGAUGUAAACCUACAGACCCUGAAGAGGCUCCCUGUGCCCCUUUCACCCUGUCUAUCACCUACAGGGACGAAUUAAUGCACAGGCUGGAUAGGGCUACAGCCUAGGGCCCCCCACCUACCAGGAAAAAAUAGGAAAAAUUGAGUUGUGAAAAGAUGCGGUAGAGAUGUAAACAAUUGGUUGACAUGUUAUCCUUAACUCCUAACUCAUAAUUAAUACACUGUGUACAUACAUUUGUCUAUGGUGGUGGGGGGGGGGCACAGCAACCUGCAGCCUAGGGGCCCCAGGCCAUCUUAAUCCGGCCCUGAUCACCCAACCAAUAUUGACCUGCAGCAGAGUCAGCUCUUCCUCCUGGGGCGAUUCUGACCACCCUGACACCAUGACCACCACCAACACCAACCCCUCCCCAACCACCUCCCCAACAGAAUACAGGCAGGACGACGUAUUGAGUAGAGGCCUGGGGUGUGAGUGUAGGCAUCAGCUUUACCUUAAUCACUGGGUAUGCUCCUUCCAGUGCCCCAGUCAGAGAUAAUGCACCUGUGCAGACAAGAGUCCUAAAUUUUAUCCCGUCAGAUUGGGUUCCUCCUGUGAGGAGGAGUGUAAAAGAGAAACUAAUGUAGGCUAAUAGCCAGCUUCCUUUGUAAUUACAUAGGUGAGAGUAGGCCUACUUCUGCUUCUACGUUAUACAACUGAGUGCUGGAGUCGUUUUGUUGAUUGUUAUCGUUAGAAUGUACCCAUCUGAAGAUGAUACAGACACGACGAAAAUGAUGAAGGUUUGUUUCAGAGGGAUGGAGUGUGUGUGUGAGAGGGAGGGUUUGGGUUUGGAUCUUCAAGAUGUGGUCAAGUGUGUGUCUUUUAAAUGUGCAGAACGCCUUUAUUCAGAUGAGUGAUGAUGCACCUUUUAUAAUGCAAAGUUCAUCUGGAGGAUUGUUAUGAAGGCAGAACUAUACACACUCCCAUCUGGCGUCUCUCUUGGAGUGUUUACACACCCUGAAAUGGAAAUUAUUUUUUCAAGACAAAUUUAAUGUCGGUUGUUAUACUGUUUAGAAGGGGGGUAGGACAUUUUGUAUUUUUUUAAUAAAUAAAUAUUUGACAUUGAUCUGUCCUUGAAUUGUCCCAGCAAUACUGCACUUCUGCCACAGAGGGGUGCUGUGGUGAUGACUAUCUUAGUCCAUGUGACUGUUAGUCCAUGUCCAUGUAGGUGACAUGUACUGUAGUGUCCAUGUUAAUGUACAGUAGGUGACAUAGGGGGUGCAAGUCAAAGUACUUCCUUCCGUCCUUUCCUAUGGUCUCUAGACUCUUAUCUGUGUCGCCUCGACUCUGUGGAGAAAACUAUUAAGUUACCCUGUUGUCAACCAGCACAGAGCAACUUUUUGUUAGCUUUCUCCCAUUCAACAUCCUCUUUGCAGGAGUGAGAGAGUGACCUUUGAAUUGUGUUUUUGCAAGAUAUUUAAUAACAACUCUGAUCAUUGAUUAAUGAGGCUAGAGGCAUCAGGAAAGGGCAGGAGGAAUAAAGAUUGACCUGCAGCGGUAGCGUGUUUGUCACCCACUCACCAAGUGACCAAAGAGGGCUAUGGCCUACGGAGGAGUGAACGGCAGAUGUACUAGCACCAAUUCAAAUACAACACAGUACAGAAUCUGCACCAAUGCAAAUUAAAUACUAAUUUAAAGGUAUAGUAUGUAGCCUACUUGUUUAGUAGUUUACUUCCAGAAUGUAUGCUGCCCGUUCACAAAUGUUGUCUUUUUCAUGAGUAUUUUCCCCCACCAUAAAAAUGUUCAUACAAAAAGGUGGAUCUUCUUCAUGUCCACCAUUUUGAAUUUCCAGUACUAAACAUUUUAGCUGCAAAAAGUACUGUAGGCCCGUCUUUGUUGAAAUGUUAGUUUAUUACUUUGUAAAUAUUCAUGAAAAGAUCAAAUUUGUUGUAAUGCAUACUCUGGCCAUAAUCCUACAUACUCUACCUUUAGUGAUUUGGUGUAAUGGUCAUCUUUGGAAAAGUCAUGCUGUCACCAGUGUGAAAUGGCUUCAUAGCCUACAAUGGCAUUAGAUGUCCCGUUUUGCUGGAAUGUAUCAGCAUUAGAAGCCUACUUUCUAAAUAAAGUAAAGAAGAUGAUCCAAGAAGUGAAUGUAGAAAUUCAAAAUGGAUUCAAAAAAAGUCCAUGAGAAAUCUGUGAGGUAGAGAUGAAUGUAAUAAAGUGAUGCUAACAUUUGUCGUUCACAACUCCACUGAAGCCCAUUAGUAGCAAUGUAUUCAUCAUCAAGUGCCUCCUCAAUGCUAGCAUUAGCAUGCACGGCGGAGUAGGCAUGCUAUGCUCUCCGCUAGCGUAACAAUACACAGUGGAGUAGAUUUGAUAAGAUCUCCGCUGACUUCUGUCUGUACUUCAAAAAAGCGGCUUAGAGAUGAUUUCUGUCAUGAAAGAGAUUGUAAUGUAAAUAUGAUAUACCAAACUUUUCUAUGAAAUUACAUUUCAUUAUAUUCUCAUUUUUAUUAGUAGCCAAGUUUUCUAGAGGUGAGCAUUGUUAAUGAUCUGAAGGUCAUCUGUAGGUCAUGGCACAGGUCAUGGCAGAGCUUCUGAAUGGGACUCGUGACUACUGUAGUCUUUAUGAAGAGGCCGGGAACAUUCAUACACCUUUUGUACAUUUAAUUUAAUAAAUGAUAAUGUUGAAUACACA